UUCUCUGAUGAACACGUCAAACAGGUUCUCUUUCUCUCUUUCCCUCCCUGACUUUCUCCACCUAACUAGUUGUGGGUUGAGAAGAGGGAUGUGUCUUCCCUGGGCUUUCCCCCUCCUUUCUCUUCACUCGCCUCAACCACAGGCCAGGCAACAAUACCAGUUUAAACUUGCUCAGGUUAGUUGGAGACAAAAAGCUUUCUCUCAGUUUGCUCUCUAAGGUUGCAAAGCAGUAUAAUAUGACAGAAAAGUGAGAAGAAAAAGGCUGGAGUGAAUUCAAACGUUGUUAGGGAUAGGAAAAUAGAGAGCAGUCAACAGACCCAGACAACCGAGAGGGGGGUCUUGUCUUCAUAUGGUGCUAAUGACUGAUCAACCACAUGAGGGGGAAGAACUGAAACCUGUCAGGGUGAUCAGUAAAAAAGAAAACAAGGCUGCUUUGACCCACUCAGAGAACGAAAAUGGAACAGAAGAAAAAAGGAAGAGUGGAAAGCUAUCUACUAUGAUGACACAGACACCAUUGACUGAUACAGAAUAUCUUGAAGACCAAAAGAAAACCAAAGCUUCACGGUCAAAGACAAUUGUGGAUAAUACUAUCCUGGCAGCAGAUGGUAAGAAUGACUCAAAGCUAGAAAGGAAGAAGCACGCUUCAAAUAAGUUUAAGUCCAAUGCUCAUUUUCACAAGUUGUUUCUGGAUGUCCCAAUCGAUGAGCCCUUGAGACAAAGCUUCACCUGUGCCUUGCAGAAAGAAAUUGUGUACCAGGGGAAGCUAUUCAUAUCAGAAAACUGGAUUUGUUUCCAUUCUAAGGUGUUUGGCAAAGACACUAAGAUUAGUAUACCUGUGCCCUCAGUAACUCUAUUAAAGAAAACUAAAACUGCCCUUCUAGUGCCAAAUGCUCUUGUUAUAUCAACAGUGUCUGAUAGGUAUAUGUUCGUCUCUUUUCUCUCCAGAGACACAGCUUACAAAUUAUUAAAGUCUGUUUGCCAGCACUUAGAGGAUGUGAGUGUUGGAAACAGUCCCAGUCCUUCUUCUCCAGAAAACAGCUUCAGAGCUGAUCGCCCUACAACCUUACCUUUGGACUUCAGUGCAAAUUAUUCUGAACUGGAUGGCAUCAUUCGGCAGCGGAGGCAGGAAAUGGAAGAAUCUAGCAGUACUGGUUCUCAGACUCCAGAACUGGAACAUGUUCAAGAUUACCAUGCUGUUGACACCAAGACUCAUCUGAAAGCUUCCAAGGCAGAGGGAUCACCUGCCUAUGCAGAUGUACACUCAAAAUGUUUGUGUGAUGGUAAACUCAAGAAUGUUUCUUGCAAUGUUCCUCCAAGAAUCCUUGGGUUCUUCUACAGAAUGAAUUACCAAAAACUUCUGUCUGUGAACCACAUACUUGUUUUAUAUGCAAUUCUUGUUUGUAUACUAAUUUUCUCUACAUUCUACAUGAGAUAUAAAAUCCACAUUCUAGAGGAGCAACUUGGUUCCAUGGCAUCCUUCGUGGAUUCACAUAUUAAUGAACAUCCAAUUCAAGAAGACUUGGAAUCUCAUCUGCAUCUUAAUAUGGCUGGUUUCUGUGAGGAGCUAAUGGCUAAUCUUAUCAAAUUGGAAAAGAUACAGAGCAACUUACAGAGACUUCUUGAGGACAGUAGAUGAAUCGCCAGUCCCUUGGGGCUACUUCAUACCUCAUUGUGCUCCUGAUAAGCAAUUCCAAAUAUGACAUGAAGCUCUGCAGGCCAGAGUGGAUAUCACUCCACUGAAUCCAAAGCCAGAGUUUUAUUGUUUGCAGCUCUUGUACUCAGCAAUGAGAGUUUGUAUCUGUGCAAUAAAAUGUCUGUUUAAAGGAAGCCUUUUUGUUAUCUAUAAUAGUGUGUGAAUAACUGACAAGACUGAAUUUGACACUUUGCUAUAUUGCUAAAUCUGCAGUAAUCCCAUUUAUGUUGAGUGUAUGAUUUUCUAACUUCAAAGAAUACCACAAAAACACUUUAACUGAUAACAAAAUGUAAGGCUGCUGGUAAAGGGUUGGUUGAGGGAGCAACUGAUACUCCUAAUUAUAUGAUUGUCUAUAGAACUGGCAAAAUUUUGUCCAUUAGGUACAGAAAUUAAGUAUGUACAGGUAUUGUGAAAUUAGGUGUCAUUUUAUCUGAUGCCUAAUUACCUUCUUUGCUUUGGAACUGCUUAACCACUUACACCAAACUAGCAUUUGUCAGUGCAAGAGGAAGACUUCUUGCAUGUACAGCUGCAAUAGAAUUGACAGCAAGUAAUCCAGAAACUGGAAUAAUACAGUUUAAUUGUUUGUCAUAAUUUCAAAUAAUUAAAAUAUUACCUCCACAAGUUUUUGAAUUCAACUGAUCUAUAUAGUAAGCAAAUGGUAGAUGAAAAACCUUAACCAUAAUGUGAAUAGUGAAAUGAAUGGUCUGUAGAUUGCCCAAAGGCACAUAAUUCACAAUCUGAUUAAAGUUGAGGAAUGUUCAUGGUAUCACAUCUGAUAUGCAUGCAGAAGGUCUCAGUUUCAAUCCCAGAAUUUCAGUUCAAAGGAUCAGGUGAGAGCUAAUGUGAAAGACCUCAUCCUGAGACCCUGAAGAACUGCUGCCAAUCUGAGUAGACAAUAGUGGCGCGUAAAGCACUUUGAAUGAGUUUAGUACCAUAUAAAGUUUAUUUAAAUUUAGCUACGUGUUUUAUUGAGUUUGGGUUUUGCAAUUUAUAUCAGUUUUUCCUGCUAUUUUACUGAGUAAUUCCUGUUCAUUCUUCUGGGAGUGGUGCAUUUUCUAAACCAACAUUGUAGUAGGAACCAGUAGCUCAAUAAUGUUUUCAGUAUGAAGAAACUUAUUUUUUUCCCAACAGAAUAUCCACAACUCAUCUUCUGAUGCAUAUUUGUGGGUUGGAUCUUAUACUACCCUGAAUGGAACAAGUUUGUGAAACUGAGUUUUGCUACACUUUCUUCCCUACUGUAGCUCCCUGAGCUUCAUGCAAAGCCACUCCUUAGGACUGGGGAAUCCUUGGAAAUUCUGUGGCAUGCAGCAUGUGGAACUGGAACUUGAACGAGAAGAGGGAAUAAACAGAAAUCACCCCUCUCCCUCUCUUAGCAUGAAUUCCAUGGCUCAUAUCAGAAGUGCAAGAGGAACAAAACACAAAUUUCUUCACUCUAGCUGCAGCUUCCUGAUGCCACAUCCCACAUUCUGGCCAUUGGGAACAACUUUUAGUGAAGUGGAAGAAAUGGCACAAACUACCAUGAAAGACUCCUUUCAGACUAGUAUAGAAUUCAAUCCUUUUUUUCCCACGGUGCCUUACCAAUGCACAUGCUGGUGAUUUAAUUCUUGUCUCCCAGAAAGGUUAACUCAUCUUGUUGAUAAAUUAUUUAAAAUUCCUUAGAUCUGACAUCAAACAGUGUUCUGUUUACAUGUUAGUGAUUUAUCAUUUCUGUGAAAUGUAACUUAUUUGUUUUUAAAUAAAUUCCCUGAAAAAGUGCA